AUGAGUCUACAGGCCAAUUCCACGAGCGAGCCUCACACGCAAGAUGCCGGUGAAAAGCUACCGGCCAAUGGUCCGUCGCCUACCGAGUCCAUCAGCCUGGCCUACGAUGGGUCCAAUACACCGGAGGAAGAUGCUGGCGGCGCCGUCGGCAAGAAGAUGAGCAACCUCCGCUGGUUUUCCGUAUGUGUUGGGCUAUAUCUGACCGCGUUUCUAUACGGGCUCGACUCCACGAUCGCUGCUGAUGUGCAAGGGCCUAUUCUGGCUUCCCUCGGAGAGCUUCGUCUCUUACCCUGGGUGGGAACGGGGUUUUUGCUCGGCUCAGUGGCCACCGUCUCGCUGUUCGGCUCGCUGUACACCAAGAUUGAGGUCAAAUGGCUAUACCUGGGCAGCAUUCUGACCUUCGAAGUGGGCAGUGCGAUCUGUGGUGCAGCCCCGACUAUGCAAGCCAUGGUUGUUGGUCGCGUUGUGGCAGGAGUUGGUGGCUCAGGCGUCUAUCUUGGAGGUAUCAACUACAUCUCCUUCUUCGUGUCCGCAGCCAGGCGGCCAAUUUACACUGCUUUGAUCAGCACAUUUUGGGGACUGGGGGCCGUCCUUGGGCCUGUUAUCGGUGGAGCGUUCGCACAGAGUCCAGCAACCUGGCGAUGGGCCUUCUAUAUUAACCUCGUCCUCGGAGCGGUGACUGCUCCCAUUUACAUCUUCUGCCUCCCCCGCCACGGCACGCAUCGCCACGAAAAGAUUCUUCCACGCAUCAAGAAUCUUGACUGGCUUGGUGCAUUACUUAACGCUGCAACCUACGCUCUCUUCAUCAUCUCCUGCACAUACAGUGGCUCCACAUGGGCAUGGAAUUCGGGCUCAAUCAUCGCUCUCUGGGUCAUGACUGGGGUCACUAUCAUACUCUUUGCGAUACAGCAGUGGACAGCAUUCUUGACAACAAAGGAAGAUCGGAUAUAUCCCGUCUGGUGCCUCAAACGCCGGUCAUUGAUCCUCCUGUACAUUGGAACUGCCGGCAGCAGCGCCGUCUUGCAGUGUAACAUCUACUACAUUCCUCUCUUUUUCGAAUUUACAAAGGGUGAUGACGCCAUCUCUGUCUCGGCCCGGCUGCUACCCUUCAUAUUCCUGAUGAUAUUUAGUUCCCUUUUCAGUGGGACGCUUCUGCCGAGAUUCAACGUUUACGCGGUUUGGUACGUCGUGUCCGGAAGCAUAGCGGUUGUGGGAAGUGUACUGUUGUUCCUCAUUUCAGCUGGAACACCUCCGAGAAACAUCUAUGGAUUCGAAAUACUGACUGGUGUCGGCUGUGGCCUGACCUUUCAAGCUGCUUACGCGAUUGCCCUGAGCAAGUCGCCGCCUGAGAAGGCCACGUCAAUCUUGGGCUUCAUCAAUGUGGCCCAGCUCGGUGGCGGUGCUUUGGCAUUGGCAAUAGCAGGGACAGUCUUCCAAAACGUCGGGUUUGACAACUUGCAGACGGCCCUGGGUGGCAGGGGGUAUUCGUCUGCGGAGAUCCGCAAAGCUCUGGCCGGUGGAUAUUCGGCCAUCUUAAAUAACGGCCCUCCCGAGGUGCGUGCCAUCUCGUCAGAUGCGAUCGGAAACACCAUUGCCAGCGCUUUUGGCAUCUCGCUUGGAGGAGGUGCUGCGGUGCUUGCGGCGGGACUUUUGAUGCGAUGGGAGAGAGUGGAGUUGGCAUGA